UCAAUCUAACAAUGAAUGGGGACUUGUUAUGUGUUGAAAUACAUUGGUUUAUGGGAAGAGAGCAAGGCAGGAAGUCAGUGUUUAUAAAACGACAGUAGGAGCCUGGUCUGGUCGGUGUGGCACUCAAACAUUGUUUGUUGUAGGAAGAGGAAUCUUGAGAAAUGGCAGGGGACAGCAAGAGCAAGAUUCUGUUCAUCGGAGGGACUGGUUACAUCGGAAAAUUCAUCGUGGAAGCCAGCGCCAAAGCUGGCCACCCAACUUUCCUUUUGGUGAGGGAGUCCACUCUCUCCAACCCCGCAAAAUCACCCCUCAUCGACAAUUUCAAAGGCCUCGGUGUCAAUCUUGUUUUAGGAGAUCUAUACGAUCACCAAAGUUUGGUGAGUGCUAUAAAGCAGGUCGAUGUGGUAAUUUCUACUGUAGGACACCUGCAGCUAGCUGAUCAAGAUAAGAUCAUUUCUGCAAUUAAAGAAGCAGGAAAUGUUAAGAAGUUCUAUCCAUCUGAGUUUGGAAAUGAUGUGGACCGGACUCAUGCAGUUGAACCAGCCAAGUCUGCAUUUGCAACAAAGGCCAAAGUUCGCCGAGCUAUUGAGGCUGAAGGAAUUCCCUUCACUUAUGUGUCAAGCAACUUCUUUGCUGGUUACUUCCUGCCCAACUUGUCACAGCCUGGAGCCACAGCUGCCCCCAGAGACAGAGUUAUUAUCCUAGGAGAUGGAAACCCCAAAGCUGUUUUUAACAAGGAAGAGGAUAUUGGAACUUAUACAAUCAAUUCUGUGGAUGAUCCAAGAACCUUGAACAAAAUUCUCUACAUUAGACCACCAGCUAAUACCUUGUCGUUUAAUGAGCUUGUUACUCUCUGGGAGGGAAAGAUUGGUAAAACUCUUGAAAGAAUCUAUGUUCCAGAAGAACAACUCCUGAAGCAAAUUGAAGAGUCCGCACCACCCGUGAAUGUGAUCCUGUCAAUUAACCACUCUUCUUAUGUAAAGGGGGAUCAUACUAACUUUGAAAUUGAGUCUUCUUUUGGAGUGGAAGCUUCAGCUCUAUAUCCUGAUGUGAAAUACAUCACUGUGGAUGAGUACCUUAAUCAGUUUGUCUAAGGUGCAAAGCCUAGCUGAUAAGUUUGUUUAAUUGGUAAAACUUUGUUUUCUAAAUAAAGAGAAUCAUGUAGUAAGACUGAAUUGCUGCAUGUGCUCCUCAAAAGAACAAUGUAUGAAAUACCUAUGCUAUGCUAUAUGCUAUGAUACCUUUAUUACAUGCAUAUUGGUGUCAUCGAUUUUAAUUUUA